CAUGAAAUUACCGGGCACACUGUGGGCAUUAAUUCUCCUCAUUCCGUGCAAAAUUCACGGCGUAAAGCACAACGUCGAGGCAUUAUUUCCUAUCAAAUCCCUGCACGUGGUGUUUAACCAUGGAGCUCGGACGAGGAAUAAUUUUUCCGAGACAUAUCCGAGAGAUCCUUACGGAAACGAGACAUUUCGUCCUUAUGGAUUCGGCGCCCUUACGCAUGUGUGAACGAGCUUGAAUAAUAAUUGCAAAAAUCAAAUACAUUAAUUUAAUUUUAUGUUACAGGCUGGUAAGGCGACGAUGUAUAAGUUUGGGGAAUUUUUACGAAAUCGAUACCGACAUAAAUCUGGUUACUUGAAGCUGAGGGACGUGACGUGUUGGAGUAACGACGUGGAGUAUUCAAAGUCCAGUGCUUCCUUAGUCCUCGCUUCGCUGCUAAAACCGAGGACUGACGAGAUUUGGAACACGAAACUUCAAUGGCAGCCAGCAAAUGUUAAAUAUCUACCCUGGCCUAUGGACAAACUCUUCUUUGGGCACUACUGUCCCCGCUACUCCAGUGAACUGAAACGAGUGAUUUCGGAGAACAAAUUAUGGCGCAAUAUGACGUUAAGUUUGAGAAACUUAGCGGAAGAAACUGGCAAAGAUAUGCAGCGACCCGAUGACGUGUACCGAAUCUACCAGAAUUAUUUAUCACUCGUGAACUGCAAGUUGAAUCCGCCGAAAGCUCUUCAGCAUUCGUUGGAUCUUCUCGAGAAGGCCUCCCAGCUCAGACUGAAACUAGGUUCCGCGACUCGGCUUUUGCGACAGCUUAAUGGCGGAGAGCUGCUGAAGAAGGUCCUGCAGGACGUCGAGGGAUCCAUGCAAGGCCAGAACGAGACGCGUCUAAAGUUGGUGCAGGUGCUCUUCAGACAUGGAGAAAGGACACCAUUGGCGAAGGAGAUGUACCCGAAGGAUGUGUACACAGAGGCGGAUUACGAACCAUGGGGUCUGGGCCAGCUGACAAAUAAAGGAAAAAUGCGGGAGUACAGGAUAGGAGAAAUGCUGCGGAAUCGCUACGACCAAUUUCUAGGGAGAGUAUAUCGACCUGCGGAGGUGUACGCUUAUAGCACCGACCUCGACCGAACGAAAGUAUCCUUGCAAUUGGUGCUUGCAGGAUUAUAUCCACCUACACCUUCCCAAAAAUGGAAUCCAAAUUUACCCUGGCUGCCCAUUCCCACGAUAUACUUUCCCGAAAAAGUCGACAUCCUGAUGAGGCCGCAUUUCUGUAAAGGGUACAUAGACGCCUUCGAGAAGGCGAAGAAAAUUCCGGAAGUCGUCCAAAGGAUUCAGUCUUUUUCGGAAUUCUUCAAAUUCCUCUCCGAGAAAAGUGGCAUUAACAUCGUCGAGCCGGCUCAGGUUUAUGAAAUCUACAAUCUGUUAACGGCACAGAUUGGCAUGAAACUGAAAUUGCCCGAUUGGUGCACGGAUGACGUGCUGGCAAAAAUGUCGGAGGUUGUCGUUUUCGAAUACGAAAGGAGAUCGUAUACGGCCGAGCUGAAAAAGAGAAACGGCGGCGUCCUCGUGAAACGAUUUUUGGAAAAUAUGGGCGUUAAUGGCACUGUUAAUAUGGAGCGAAAGCUUUACCUGUACAGUGGUCAUGAGAUUAACGUGGCGGCUUUUAACAGAGUCCUGGAUAUCAAGGAGCCAGUAAUUCCCACAUUUGGAACGGCAAUGAUGGUUGAAUUACACGAGGAUAAUCAAGGCAGACAAUACAUCAGGAUCAUUGCUUGGACGGGCGUCGACGAACGGCUGAUUACCGCAAAAGUCGCCGGAUGUGAGGAUUUGUGUCCCCUGGAAACAUUUCUCGAUUUCGUAAAAGAUCGCCUCCCCUCUGACCAGGACUUGAAAUGCAUCUACGAGUCCUUGAGCAAAGAAAAUUUAAUCGAGCUAUUUGCAGAGCGGAAAAACCAAAAUUGAUCAACCCGACGAUUGUCAUUUUAUUCUGCCCAUUGGAAAUAAAUUCGCAUCGAAGUACGAAA